GUUUGUUUUCUUUUCCUGUCUACCUCUCCUUUACAAUCCGUUCUCACCCUUGACCAGCGUGCGGCAUAGCAAUCUCUUGAGACAAAAAUACCGCGUGUGCUUCGGUGGCGCAGCUCCGGGCGGGGACAAAAGCGCUCCCCUGCGUUGAUCCUCCACCUUCGUCACAAUACGAACAUUUCCCACCAGCCCAUCGAAUAUUGAGCGCACGAUACGCACCACAACCUCGAAUCGACGAGCCAUCACGCUGUGUAGCUGCUCUGCCUUUCAACACCGAUAGCCGAAGACUAUGGAUGCCUCUGUCAUAACGCCGGCGGACAAUACGCAGGUGGCACCGGCGCAGAAGCCGGUGUCGUCUCCGAAAUCCCCUGUAGCGGCUUCCUCGCCGCUAGAGUCAGCAGCGACGUACGAAAACAUGUGCGGUAUUUGCCUCACCGAAAUCCACCGCGUCGACAACCCGCGCGGUCGCCUCAACUCCUGCGACCACUCCUUCUGCUCCUACUGCAUUAAAGAGUGGGCGAAGAACACCAACGUCUGCCCGCUGUGCAAGGCUCGCUUCACCCGCAUCUAUACGUUGAACCCGGCCACGCAGCAGGAGGAGGAGACGAAGGUGCGCAAACGCAACUACAAGGCGUGGGAGCUGUCGUACUCCGACGGCGAGGACGAAGAGGAGCAGGAAGACGCAGUGCGUCGUGCGCCUGACUCGUCAGGGCAGGUCGUGUGUGAUAUCUGCCAGCAAUCGCACAAUGCUGCUCGGAUGAUCUUCUGCGACCGACGGCAGUGCCCAUAUGCGGCACAUCUCGACUGUCUCGGCUUGGCGGAGCGACCUACUACGUUUCUCUGCCCACGAUGCACGCAGCUGCGUGAGCAGGAAAAUGAAGCGGAUGCCGCUGCUGAAGCGAUCGUCAGCCCGUCGACGGUGCAUUCCCCCGUCACGUCGGCAGCAACGUCGGCGAAGACGGUGGCGGCACCUACUCGCACGGCGCCUGCGCAACGAGCUGCAACAUCGCUGGCGCCCGCGCCAUCCUCAGCGGCAAGAGCAACAUCAACUGCUGCUGACGCAUCACGACGGACCACUGCGCGUCCAAGAAAUACAUCUGUUCGCAGUCCUCUUCCUCUGUUGUCUUCUACUGCACGGACUGUGGAACCGCGGCCAGAAUCGCGUGCCUUAUACGGAGGCAGUCGCAGCACCAGCAGCUCUAGUUCAUCGUCAUCAUCAUCGUCAUUAUCGUCGUCGCACGCAACCGCAUCCGUUGUCGUGCCACGAGCGCGCGUUGACUUCUCAAAGCCGCACAUUCUUCUUGCUCCGCCGCCAACAUCGAUGCAGCCAAGUCACGUACACAGUCACCGGGAGAACCCCCCCAGUGCAGAUGAGGUGGAAGACGAGCUUUACUUUCUCUCCCCAACCUCCCACGCGGUGGCGGCCGCCAUCGGGCUCGAAAGGUUCAAGACAGGGCACGCCGCGGAAGCCCAAACACGCCGCCAGCGCGAGCGCGCCAAGGCGGAGCGGCUAGAAGCGGCCUACCGCGUCAGUCGGGGCAACCUGGACUACAGCGACGGACGCAAGCGGCCGCAUCGCACCGCCGCGGAGGACUUCUCCGUCGAAUUGGAUUCCAUGGAGAAGGAGUUCACUGAGCCAAAGCUGCGGUACGCGUUGGAGGAGCGCAUGGUGCGUCGCUGGGCCGCGGAAAUCCUCCCUGUGCUGCGCCACCGGCGCCACGUCGAAGGCGACACCGUCACCUCCGAAGCGGACAUGUGGAGCCAGGCCACUGCACAGGCACGGAAGAUGGUGCGCGAGAAGCUGGAUGCGAAGGGCGCUGCGCUGCGUCGCCGGCGUGAGCAACUCGUGCGUGCCCAGGCAAACAGGGAGGCCGCCGCCUUGGCGAAGCUGGCCCGCACCAUCGCCCAGCAUCGUGAGCGAGACCAGCAGGGCCACCCGCGUCUUUGA